CAAUGGUCCGCAUAUGGCCCAAAUCCGCCCAUGACCAGCCAUCGGACCUGGAAAAAGCGUCUCCCUCGCGCGACCCCGAAUACCAGGUGAAAUGGGACCCGGAUGAUCCCUUAAAUCCGCAGAAUUGGCCAGUGCGCUACAAAUGGUGGGUGACGGUGCAACUAGGCAUGCUCGCUCUAGCCGGCAGUUUGGGCUCCAGCAUCACCACCUCUGCCGAUGAUACCAUCGCCGAGUAUAUUGGCGUGAGCAGCGAAGUCGCUGUUCUCGAUGUGUCCCUGUACAUUCUCGGCUUCGUCCUCGGCCCCAUCAUCUGGGCCCCCGUCUCCGAAGUCUGGGGUCGGCGUGUCAGCAUGCUCCCCGCCAUAUUCUGCCUGGCGAUCUUUGACAUUGGCACUGCGAACAGCCGCAACGCCCCAGCCGUAUUCAUCACGCGCUUCUUCGCCGGCUUCUUUGGCUCUGCGCCCAUCAGCAACGUCACCGCCGCGUUGGGCGACAUGUGGAGCAAAGAAACGCGCGGCACAGCCGUGAGCAUCUACGCGAUCGCCGUAAAUGGCGGUCCAGACCUGGGCCCCAUCAUCGGCGCAGCCAUCAUGGCCAAUUCGAAUCUCAGCUGGCGAUGGACCGCAUACAUCCACGCGAUCUGGGUCUUCGCGACCUUCCUCAUGGCCUUUUUCUUCCUCCCGGAACUCUAUCCGCUCGUGCUGCUGAAACGCAAAGCGCAAAGCCUCCGUAAAUCCACCAAUGACAGCCGUUACUGGCAUCCCCACGAACACCUGCACCUGUCUGUCCAAUCCAUCGUCACGAAACAGCUUGCUCGGCCGCUGCGCAUGCUCUGCACUGAACCUAUCGUCACAUGUAUCGCUUUCUACGCGGCCUUCGUCUACGCCGUCAUGUACCUCACCCUCGAAGUCUUCCCUAUCGCAUUCGAAGAACUCCGCGGCUGGUCCCCUGUCGUCGGUGCCCUCCCCUUCCUCGCCCUCCUAAUCGGUGUUAUCCUCUCCACCGGAGUCAACAUCUACAAUCAAUUCCGCUACAACCGCAUCUCCGCGGCCGCAAACGGUGCACCCGUCCCAGAGGCCCGCUUACCUCCCAUGAUGUUUGGCGGUGUGGUUCUUGUGCUCGGGCUAUUCUGGUUCGCCUGGACGGCCACGCCCGCUUACCACUGGAUUCUGCCCUGCUUGGCAGCAUUCUGUAUCGGAGCAGGGUUCAAUUGCAUUUUCCAGCAAUGUUUGAAUUUCCUCAUCGACGUGUACCGCGUAUAUGCGGCUAGUUCAACUGCCGCUGUCACCUUCCUGAGAAGUAUCAUGGCGGCGGGGUUGCCGUUAGCGGCGAAGCCGAUGAUCAGGGCCCUCGGCAUUGGACCCGCGAUAUCUAUUAUCGGCGCUGUAGCGGCGGUGUUGUUGCCAGUGCCGUUUUUGUUUGUCAGAUAUGGGCCGGCGUUGAGGAGGGCGUCGAAGAUGAUUGAUGGGCAGUGAUUCAGCGUCUUUAGGGUGUUGGUUAC